AUGCUCGGAGUGCCGCAGCUGGGCAGCGGCGGCGUUUCUGCCGGGAGUGUCCUCGUUGGGCGCCCGCCGGCGAUUGAUGCUGGCGCGCUGGCGGCGCUACGGAAGAAGGCACAGAGCCAUACUCUCGAGGUGAUGACACCAGAGCGUGCCCGUCCGGCCACGGUGGACUCCCCGCGGCGGACGGCCUCUCCGGCACGGAGCGCACGGAGCGCAAGCGCAGGUGGAUCCCGGGCGUCGUCACCCGGAACUGGAGCGAGUGCGAUGACAAGCAAUUGCUCCGAGCUUGGCUCGCGUGCGGGCGCUAGCUCGGCCGCAAACGAAACAGACGGUGACGAGGACCUGCUGCUGGCGCAACUGCCUGCGCCGCAGCCGGUGCCCGACGCAUUUGACCCGCGGUCGAGAUCCAACACUACCGAAGAUAGGCUCAUGCUGCUGCAGAUGCAGCAGGCCAAAAAGGCCAAGCUGUAUCAGCGCAAGAUGCGCCGUAGGGCCAAGCGCCGCAGUUCGGUUGACUCGGCCAUCUCACACCAGUCGACUGCAGAGUCAACGGCCACACUCUCGACCAUCGCAGAAUCGACCCGGGCCGGCGGCCUGCCCCGCGGUUCGGACGUGACUCCGUCGUCACACUCUGUGGGCACCACCGCCUGCUCUACCGCCCACCACAACGCCUCGAAUUCGAGCUCGAGCUCGAGCUCGAGUUCGAGAUCGAGCCUGUCCUCGUCGCGCCUAUCGGCCAUCGAGUCGUACUCGGACUCGGCGGUCUCGGGCGUCAAGGGUGCAUCGGCGUCGACCAUGGCUGUCUCGGUCGUCUCGCACCACAGCAGCUCUGAGAGCAGCGACCACGCCCCGCAGGCCGAGGCUGAUCUGACCAAGACCGACCGCUACGGCCAAGUCAGCUUUUCCAUCAAAGCCAACGGCCGCGACACGGCCGCGACCGACUCGGCCCUCUCGACCGUCUUUGAGUCGGUCGACGCCAAGGCUGUCGAGUCGUACUCGGACUCGAUGAUCUCUGAUCCGGGCGAUGCCGGCGCCGCGUCGGCCUCGGCCUCGGGUAUUCCUGUUGUCCCCAACCUCCGCAUCGAGCCGUCAUCAACAGCGACUCCCAAAGGCGGGACGCCAAAUCCGCUUGGUGCCCAGCGCUCGCCACGCAUGGCCUCACCGCCCGCGCGCACCGCAGCGACAAACUCGGCGCACACCACGUCGACCAAGUCGGAAACGUCCGAAACGGCGUCGGCGCUGGCGUCGGCCCGCCUCUCGCGCCCGACCUCGUUUUCUAACCGACAGGAAACAAUCAAGAAGCAGCGCGAAGAGGCCUUUUUCCGAAAUCAAGUCCUCUUCCGGAAGCAGUCCAAGCGGACCAUCGGCGUCUCGUCGCUCCGGCACCGGUCGUUCACCGUCGGCGCCAACGACGCGCCUGGCGGCUUUUCGUCCGAGGCCGAGGCACAGGCUGCCGCCCGCAAGAUCCGUGAGUCGCAGAAGAGUCUCAAAAGUCUUAAGGGUGUCGAUGACGCCACCGUCGCCGCUUCCAUCAAGCGCAAUUCGGCCGUCCACAAGCGGCUCCGUCGCUGGCAGCGGACCUCGUUCGCCCGCAUCCCGCUGGGCGUCUCAGACCAGCUCGCCAAGCAUCGCUCGCGCAAGAAGCUCAUCGACCGUCAGGCCGAUCGUGUCGCCGUCGAGCUCCCGCACUUUGUUGCCCUCGCCAACCUCUCCGCUGCCCAGCCCAUCCUCGUCGACCUCACCAAGGCUUACGCCUCGCAGCUCGGCGAGAAGCACCCCAUCACCCUCCAAGCUCGCGCCCGCCUCGAUGCCGUCGCUGAUGCUCUCCGAUGAUAUACGUCAGGCUCAUAGUUGUCGUCAUCCUGGUUUGGGACGGCGAUCACGCUAGAGGGCAAUGUAAACUGUUGGCGCCUGCAUACCC